CAUUUAUGAACGCACCAAAACCGGAAACGGUUCAAGAUAGUAAACAAUGCAGAUCCGUAUACGUCUCUUAAUCAAAUAUGUCAACUGUGGUUACAGUUUGAAUAGAAAAACAUGGCUGAGUGUUUGAUUAAAAUGUCUAAAGGAGAGAUUCUGAGAGGAUUUGUGAAUGAGAGGCUCGCCGCUGCCACCCGGGAGAUCAUAGCGGUUGUUGACAGAAUCGUAGCCGGUUACGAGGAGGAGGCUUCGGGCUUCAGAGAGGAGAUAGACCGGCAGAGGAGGCAGCUGGAGCUCCUGCAGGCUCAGGUCACACCCGACAAAGCAGGUGUGAAGAGCAGCAAGAGCCUCGGCCCUGUUGAGGAAGAGGAGGAAGAGGAGGCAGAGUCCCCUGAGCGGCCAGGAAACCUGCAAGACUCGACUAGUCAAACUGCAUCAAGCUCUUUCAGCCCCAGACUUCGGUACCAGAAGAGGAAACCUGGCAGGCGUCAGACCAGUGAAACGCAGAACAACGUCGUCCUCAGGGUCCGGAUCCUGGAGGACUGUCGGACCGACGUGCUCUCUAACAUCAUUCUUAAGAGAUGUCCGAUGCGGAGGCUGACGUGUCCCGGAGGCCUGCAGGAGGCCGACUUUCUGGACCUGCUGAGGUCCACCUUCCCUCAGCUGUCCGGAGACGACAAACUGUUUGACGUCCUCAAAUCCGACGAGAGACGGAGGCUACUGCCUCUGACGGUACGGACGCUGACACCGGAGGAGAUCCACCGGAACAUCAGCCGCACACGAUCCAAGUCAACGCUCUACAUCAGACUCAAGGGAUCUCGGGCCGGCGAGGAUGAUAGUCGUCCUCCACAAACGAAAGACACCGAAGACUCUCUGUCCACCGCUGCCAUGGUGACGUGUGAUGAAACCAGACUUCAAACGAGCGUCCCUGUACAGGAGGUCGAAGGCAGCGGAGUAGACGUCAUGUCCGUCAGCUCAACAUCGCAAAAACAAGACAUGGAAACAGAGGAGGCUGAUCACGAGGAGCGUGGGAUAUCAGAGCCAGCUGAAAGUAAAGACCACGACAGCGAUGAUGGUGAAAGAGAAGAAGCGAAUGACAGGGACGACGAUUGGAAACCAGACAAAAGCGAUGUAAAGCUGAAAGAAAGUGACUCUAAACAGCGGCCAAAGACGACAAAGAAACAAAAGGCCAGACGUUCUGGUGUUAAGAGCACAAAGUCAAAGACUGAGAACAGCGAUGAUGUUUUCUCCUGCAAAGUCUGCGGAGCUCUGCACAAAUCAGAAGUCACAUUCGUCAAACAUGCCUGGACUCACAUGGACGAUGCAGGAAGUCUCUGUGGAGUGUGCGGAGAGCUUUCGGAGUCCGCGGAGGCGUUGAAGGAUCAUCUUCAAAGUUACCACAAAACUGACGACUGCGGAGAGUCUUUCCUCAGCCUCGAUGAGCAUGUUGCUGCCCACUCGAGGGAGACACCGUACGAAUGCGAUGUCUGCCAUGACGUUUUCGCGUUGAGUUUGUCCCUGGAGAAUCACCGGAAACUCCACGAGGCGGGGACACCAUACAAAUGUUACACUUGCCACAAAGUGUUCGCUAAGAAGGAACACUUAAAAGCUCACUGCGUGACUCACACCAACAAAAAGAAGCAGCUCUGCGGCGUGUGCGGCAAAUCCCUCAGCGACUAUAGGUCUCUAUCCCGCCACAAGCUGACGCACUCCGGGGAGCGGCCUCACAGCUGUCGGGUUUGCGGGAGUCGUUUCAAACUUCCAGGGACGCUGAGACAACACGAGAAGAUUCACACGGACCGAGAGAGAUCGUACCUCUGCGACGUUUGCUGCAAGAUGUUCAUGACGAGCAAGCAGCUGCAGAUCCACAUGAGAAUGCACACCAACGAGAAGCCCUACCACUGCGGCGAAUGCGGCAGGGGCUUCAGCACCAAGGGACCGCUGACGGUUCACAUGCGGAUCCACACCGGAGAGACACCGUACAGCUGCCCGGACUGUGGCUGGGCCUUCAAACGCAAGGUUAAUCUGGAUAACCACGUGACGGUGCAUUCAGGCCUCAAACCGUUUGUUUGCGUGACUUGUGGGAAAGCGUGCGCCCGUAAAGCAUAUUUAAAAGUCCACAUGAGAACCCACAAUGGGGAGAGACCGUACAAGUGUAAACUCUGUGACAAGGCUUUCACUCAGAGCCACUGUCUGAAAACACACAUGAAGAGCCACCUGGUGGCCAACGCUGCACUGUGACACUGACAAUAAGGGAUGCCACGAUACCAGAAUGUGUGUUUUCAACAGCAGUACUUGUGAAAUUCCACGAUUCUCGAUACCCAAUUCGUUACCACGGUAAAAACAAGGGCUGGGUAUCGGUCGAGCCGUUAGAGUGCACGGAGAUGAUGCACUAUUAAAGGAGAACUAUGCAGUUGUUUUAGCUUAAUAUCCCUUAACUGAACAGCUUUGGAGUCAUUGGAAUGGUUAUAUGACUUUUUUCAGGUUGAAUGGUGGUCGUCUCGCUUCCCUCUUAGCGCCUGUGAGCGGAAAAAACACCCUUGCAACUUUUGACGUCAGGAAGUAUCGCGUGAUAUCAGGUCUCGCGAUGUAACAAAUUGCUUCACGGCACUGCACACAUACCCGCCGCUACACGCCCCCAUACAGUUACCGGCUAGCU